AUGAGGACUGUCAUCCUUUUACUUUUUUGCACUUUCACCAUCGUCUGUGAAGCCAAGCCUUUAACAGAAAAGGAGUAUCAAUACCAAUUACUAAUACAUAAUGCCAACAACAACAGACGCAAUGAUUAUUUGCAAGAAUACUAUAACAGGAGAACCUUGUUUGGUAUGGGUGCAGGGGCUGGAGCUGGUGCAGGAGCUCGUGGUCACGUAGGCGGUCGUGUUCAUGCAGGACUCCACGCAGGACUAAGCGCUGGUAUAAACGCCGGAUUUGGUGGUUACGGUGGUAUUGGUGGUUACGGCUACGGCGGUCUCGGGGCUCUUGGUUAUGGAGGUCUAGGAGGCCUUGGUUACGGUGGUAUAGGAGCUGGUGGUUACGGUGGUUUUGGAGCUGGUGGUUUUGGGGGAUUUGGCGGCGGAAUUUCCGCAGGACUCAGUGCUGGUAUAAGCGCUGGUGUAAGCGCAGAAGCAGAAGCUGAUGCUAGUGCAAGUGGUUAUGGUGUCGUCGGAGGUGCCUCUUACGGCUAUGGCACGUAUGGCUAA